GGGAGACAGCCCAUAACUGACAGGACAGAGACGGGGUGAGAGAGCAGGGCAAGGGCGACGCGACGGCGGCAGCAGGACGGAGGCAGGGGGAGAGAAAGUGAAGAGACGGAGAGACACUGACGGUGCGUCUGUCCCGUUGAAGUCGAACCUCGGCUGGAGCAACGCCUGUUUGUCUGUGGGUCAGAGGCUCGGAAGACAGGUGGAUACAGACCGGGUCAGAGAAGGAUGUACGAAGACCUGUAUGAACCCUUCUGUGAUCUGGAGACACAGGUGUCUCCAGGAAGCGGGGCCUGUCAAAAGGGGAGGGGACUGGAUGAUAGUGAAGGGGCUGAGUCCAGUCUGACUGUUGGACAGUUCGUCCUCUGCCAUUGGUCAGAUGGCCUCUACUACCUGGGCAAGAUUCAGAGGGUGAGCCCCCCCAGGCAGAGCUGCUUUGUCACAUUUGAGGACAACUCCAAGUUUUGGGUCCUCUGGAAGGACAUCCAACACGCUGGAGUGCCAGGGGAGGAGCCCCGCUGCUCUGUAUGUCGGGAGGCAGAGGCAAGUUCUGACAGCCAGUCAAACCAAAACAACCAGAUUCUCAUCUGUGGGAAGUGUGGCAUUGGUUUCCACCAGCAGUGUCAUGUUCCUCCAGUAGAGGGCAGCAGCAGCCUCAGUCCCUGGUUCUGUAGACGUUGUGUCUUCGCUCUGGCUGUCAGGAAAGGGGGCGCUCUAAAGAAAGGUCCCAUAGCCAAAGCCCUAUCGGCCAUGAAGCAGGUGUUACUGUACGACCUGGACUCACUGGACUGGGACUCCCAACAUCGUACCAAUCAGCAACAGUGUUACUGUUACUGUGGAGGCCCUGGAGAGUGGUACCUUAAGAUGUUGCAGUGUUUUAGGUGUCAGCAGUGGUUUCAUGAAGCCUGCACUCAGUGUCUGCAGGAGUCCAUGAUGUUUGGAGACCGGUUUUACCUCUUCCUGUGUUCGGUGUGUAAUAAAGGAUCAGAAUAUGUCAGGCGUCUGUCUCUGAGGUGGGUGGAUCUGGUUCACCUGGUCCUCUACAACCUGUCAGUAAGCAGCAAGAAGAAAUACUUUGAGCUGGAUGAGAUCCUCGCCUUUGUUUCUGCGAACUGGGACCAUUUACAGCUUGGGAAGCUCUCUAACACACCCCUGUCAGAGAGAGCACAGUACCUGCUGGAUGCUCUGAAUAAAUACAAGAGCAAGUUUCUGUGUGGGAAGGAAAUCAAAAAGAGGAAGUGCAUUUUUCGUCUGAGGACAAGAGUUCCACCUAACCCCCCCUCUAAGCUCUUUCCUGAGCGUGCUCAGAAUGAUGGAGGUCGAGGACGUAAGAAAGGUGUUGUCAGCACUUCAGCGGAAAGGAAGAAAAGGAAGUCCAAGUGGCUAUUAGAAGAUGCUAUCCCUAAUAACGACCUGUCCUGCAGCUGGACGUCUAACCAUCACAUGGCCAACAUCUUUGACUUCACUCUGGAUGAGCUGCAGAGCCUUAAGAGUAGUUCCAGUAGAACAGUCAGUAUUGAUCAAGACUCCACCGAUGCCUCCACCUCUGGCUCUGCUACCACCAGCACCUCCUAUCACUUCAGGAGGAGAGUCGGCAGCAGGAAACGGAAGUUGCCAAGCAACAGCUACAGCCAUUGGGCUAGUCACAGCGAGGCAGGGGAGGAGCCUUCUGCAAUGCCAGAAGACCAAGAUGUUUCCAACCACUCUCACAUGGCAUCAGACUCCUCCCACUUCCUCUCUGAUCCCUCCCAGAUUCCCACUGACUCCUCCCACCUUCACUCAUCCAUCUCCUCAUAUUUCGGAGUGGCAGGCAGACUGACCAAUGGGGAAAGGUAUCAGGUGUUGGCGCGACGUGUCACCCCUCAGGGCACGGUCCAGUACCUGUUGGAGUGGGAGGGGACAACACCUUAUUAAGACGUUAACAAGCUGUCUUGUGAAGCUUUGACUCCUCCUCCUCCACUCUUAACACUUACUGUUCUCAGCCAAUCAGAACAUUUCACCCGAAUGAUAGUGAAAGAAUUCCUGUUUCCAUAACAGUUUCAUUUAAUUUCAAUGGAGACAGGUCUGGCUACAAACUACAUCUCUAACGGCCACUCUCACACACCAUUCAUCUGAGACACUGUAUAUCUCAGAACAGAGCUGCCAUAUUUUGCUGUUACAACGUCUUUCCAGUUUUGUUUUUUCCAUAUUCAACUUUAUUCAUAUACAAAGUCUGGCAGUUACAUUCAUAAAAAACGAUAUUGCAAAAAUGUCGGACUAAGCAACAUUUCAUAAAUGGUAUUGAAUCAUGUUUAGACCCAUUUCAGACGUAGUUACACAUACAGGGGCUCGCUUUAACUUCUUAUACUUUAGCUAAAGCUAACAUAGCUGCACUAGCUAAGUAAUGAACGUUACUACAUAAGCCAAUGUAGCUAAAUUAAACCCAAACAGAAGUUUAAUCCAACUUUAUGUUUGAGGAUUUAGCGUCAUUCUCCCUUCUGGGAUAGUCAGUGUCUCAGAUGCAGUCAGACUGUCUUGUUAGAGUAUCCUGGUAUUUUUAUUUCAUAUUCUCACAAAUAUAUAUCUUAAAACACAAAAAAACAAUUCUGAUUUAAAAGAAUGAAGACUGAGUUUCUUAGUCAGUGGCAUAGAAACAGUAAAUUCUUUGGUGGAGAUCAUGGCCCCAAUUAGUUUUUACUGAGAAAUUUUAGUAAGUUAGUUAAAGAUUAAUUAUUGUCCCUUUUCUUCAUUUAUCCCUUUCAUAUGUAGGUCCCCAUAAAACCCCAUCCCUUCUUUGUCCCUUAAGUGACCUAUUAUAUAGAAUAAGCAUAUUGCACAAUUGUCCCUCCAAUACUACAAAACCCCUGUCCUUAUAUAUCUAAAUAAAUUAAAGCCUGUCCCAUGUAGGAGCCCUCAGUGGUUUGCCUGUAAUAUGUCCCACAGUUACUGUUACUUCUUAAUCCAUGUAGUCCCUGUAUUUAUCAUCACUCUACAUUUCCAUUAUACUCCACUGUAUCAACCAAAUGUUUGUCUCCAAAAUAUCUUGUUCUGUAUGUGUGCUGCUGACACCCUGCCCCCCCCCCAGUCUCUUUGUAUUUUUCCCCCUCUGUCUUAUCUCACAUAGCCCCACAAAAACACUGCCCUACUUCUUAAAGGACCCUUAUAUCUCCCCAAAAUGGCCCCACAACAGAUGCCCCCACAGUAACAGGUCAGAUGGUUUGGAGGAAUAAAAGCUGAUCUUGAUCCUGUAAAAUCAGUAUUCAGUAAGAGCAAACUUCAAGUAAAAUACAGCCAAAGACGCGACACAUAGACACACAAUGCUCUCAUUUGUUAGUGUUAUAUGGAUUUUAUUAUAGUAUUAAAUCCUGUAUAUCAUCAGACUGAUAUUAGUUUUUGUUAAUUUCUUUUGUUUUAAAACCAAACACAUUUCCUCUUCUCUGACAUGUUUAACAGUCAGAGGCUCCUGUAGUUCCCAUAGUUCCCCCAGCUGUUAAACAGCAUGCUGCCUUACCUGUCCUGACUGCUGUACCUGUGUGUUAUUUCACACAGCAGUUUGUGUCGUCUUUUAAAAACUGAACAUGGAACACUUCAUAUAAAACAGAUUGAGACUCUCAGUCAUAUGUCAGAAUUUUUUUCAGCUCUGAUCUUCAGGAGUUUAUCAUGUUCACUUCCUUGACUGUGAUGUCACUGCAAGUGUUUCCUAACAGCCCUGACAUCUGUUGUGACCUCACAGGGAGGACGUGACCUGACGAGAUCAGUAAGUCAGUGUUGGUUAACCUGUGAAGUUCCAGUGAGAUGAACUGUAUUACAUUCUUUGUAGUUGUUUCAUGGCAAAAUCAGCACAGACAAUGCCUCAGACAAUCAGAAGGAUCUACGCGCUUAGAGGGGCCUAGGGCUGAAAGCCUGUGCAGGGCCAUGAAACGUUGCACUGUGAAACAUGGAUGACAAAACCCACAAACCUGCAGAUAAAGUUUCUAGAUUCAGUGGGAACCUGUGCAUUUUCACAGCAAGAACCUGACUUCAUGAGUCCAUCCUUUGUGCUUUUAAAUUCAAAGGAGUAAUUAUUAUCUAUCUGAAAUAGUUGACCUCCUGCUGCUUAAUGGUCUGAGUUUUGUAUUAAAGUAUUUUCCAGUGUAUUGUGUAGGUAACCUGAAAGGUGUAACGUCAGCUCAGUGUGUUGUUAACUCCCUUAGAUUACCAGAAACCAAGUUUAGGACCUCAGACCUCUUUGUUUGUGGUUUAAUAAUAGUAAAACUAAACAUACAGUAAGUGUCAGGUUGAACAUUUUAUUUUGUCUUUCUUUACCAGGAUAGUUUUUAGUUUUACAUUUUUGAAGUUAUUCCUACUUUUGUGUUUAUAAUUUUCUCUGUAAUUCAGACCUUAAGGAAAGAGGUAACACUUUUAGUAAAGUAUCAAAGCCUAGAUAUUAACACUGAAUAUUUUACUGUUGAAGCUUCAUGUAAACUAGCUGGACUGUGGAUUUAGAUCUCCAUGUUUUACAGUGUAGUAAGUGUAAAUAACAGGAUUCCUCAUCAUCAGUUACUUACUUCCUUUUUUAUUUCUGAUACAACUGAAAUUCUCCUGAUAAAACAACGCAGACAAAUCCCACUGGAGCUGAGCAGAGUUCAGGGUUUCCUUUUGUUAACUCUACAGUGUGUUUUAUGUGAGCAGCUGCUUUCUUGCACUAUUGUCACACAUUGAGUAUCUAUGCAAACAUAAACCUCACUGACCAAACUGAUAAUGAAUCAGAGAGACUGAUGAGUGAUCAGGAACUUUGUGCUUUUCAAAUGUUCAAAAUUAAUUGAAAUGAUAAAAUGUUGUUCCAUAUGUUCUCUUCUGUUCAGUUAGCCUGAGCUAACACAUCCCCUUGGUUAAAAUGAGGAAUGCUAACAGUGCUAAUAAUGGUAAAAGUCUCUGAGACAUUAAACUGCCACUCUGUCACUUUAAACCUGCAGCUCCUCAUCGCUGCCACAGUAAUAAUGCUUCCUUCCUAUUGGCUUGUUGGACAGUUAUUUUGACCGUGUGACUGUUUGUAUGUUUGCCUUAUUUCCUGUUCA